AUGGCUCGCAACGUCGCCCAACCAACCCGCAAAGAACAUGCUCAGCACUCACCCCAUGACGAUGGAUUCCUGAACAAGGCCAUCAGAAACAACACCAGGACAGGUCCGGUAGCUCAACGCCCAAUCAAAGAAGCCAAACCCGUUGAAAAGCACCGAAAGCCCCGGGAGACCGUCUCAGUAGCAGGCGUGUUCAAGAAAUCCAAGACCAACGCACGUGAGAAGAAACACCAGCAUCGCCGUCGUCGUCGCUCGCCUUCACCUCCAAAUCUUCUACUUGAUCUCCAAGACAUCCACGCAUCAUUCACCACCACGCUCACCACCUCCCGCGAAGCCGACGAAGCGUUCUUCCAAGAAGUCUCCGACAGCGCCAUAACACUGUCUGCGCCGUUGGUCGAUGAAGAAGUCUUUAGCAGCUUUACCCGCGCCGAUGGAAAACGUUCUCGGGAGACUUUUGUCAUGGGCGAGCAGAUUGAGAUGUUUAAACAGUUGUUGGAGAAAGAGGAGGCGCGGUUGGCUGAGUAUUGGAGCAAGUGGGAGGAGUGCCAGGAUGAGUAUGUGAAUCUUGGCGUCGAGGUCUUUGGGGCGGAGGCUUUUGGAGAGGAUGGGAAGGGGGGUAAGGAAAAGGGAUGGAAGAAAGAGGGGCAGUUGAGAGAGGCGGAGUAUGAGGUUGCAUUUGGUAAGAUGGAGGAGGAGGUUGGGGAGAUUAGAGGGGUGUUUUUGAAAGAGAUGAAGGAUUCGGAGAAGGUGAGUGGUGUGGCGGUGGUGGGCUUUAUCAUGAUACUGACAUUGGCUUUAGGUGUUGGAUCUUCAGGCGAGGAAAGAGCAGGCCAGACUUCUGCAAGCUCUUAUCCAGGACUAAUAGGAUGCGGAGAUUGA